AUGACGCUCCGUGCGCUGCCGUACGCCAACGCCCUAGCGCAGAAAGUCGCGCUCUGGAAGGGCGACAUUACCAAGCUCGACGUCGACGCGAUCGUCAACGCUGCAAACUCGUCGCUGCUCGGUGGCGGAGGAGUCGACGGCGCGAUCCACCGCGCUGCGAACGACCCCCGCUUCCUCGAAGAGUGCCGCAAGCACAACUGGGGUACGUCGCACGACUAA